UCUGCAUCCAGACCGAAUGGCGAAGGUAAAAUCACAAUAUACGGAGAGGGAUAAGUUCAAACUAAUAUGUGACGCCAUAGGAACGCCAGGUCCGACUGUCACAUGGCACAAGGGUAAAGAUAUAUAUCUCGGUCAUAGAUCUGACGAGACGAUAACACCAGGGCGUUAUGACUAUGAAAUAUAUUUCAACGGGGUGGAUAUCAAAGACAAAGGAAAUUACACAUGCGUUGUGAAAAACUCAUAUGGUACUUUGUCUCAUUCAUACGUCUUUGAUGUGAGGGCUCCCUACGGUUGCAACCUCAACAGAUCAAUGUGCAGUUUUACCCAGGACAGCACCCAGGGCGGGAUUGAUGAACUAAAUUGGACGCGUGAGCCUGGAACUCUUUCCUCUGACGAAGAACACCUUGUUAAUCACACUGGAAAUGUGACAGCAGCAGCGAUCAAAAGUAGCAUUUACUUCCUGUUGAUACUUAGAUAUAUUUUGUGAAAAGAUAUUUCUGCAAAGAAAAGUUUUCUUUUCAAUUACGCGUCGGCGAGACAUCACUGUGAAAUUAUUUUGAGAUGUCAAUCAUCUUCUGUCUUGUCUUCGGAUCUACUGGGCAUCUAAUUCGCUGAUUGAAAGGGUAAAAUGCCCUCUCUUCAA